UUCGAUUUAGGUGGUGGUACUUUCGAUAUCUCUAUCUUAGAUAUCGGUGCCGGUGUUUUCGAAGUUAAAUCUACCAAUGGUGAUACCCAUUUAGGUGGUGAAGAUUUCGAUAUUGCCGUCGUUAGAAACAUUGUUGAAACUUUCAAAAAAGAAUCUGGUAUUGAUUUAGAAAAAGAUAGAAUGGCCAUUCAAAGAAUCAGAGAAGCCGCUGAAAAAGCCAAGAUUGAAUUAUCAUCUACCGUUUCCACUGAAAUUAACUUACCUUUCAUCACUGCUGAUGCUUCAGGUCCAAAACAUAUCAACCAAAAGAUUUCAAGAUCUCAAUUUGAAAACUUAGUUGAUCCAUUAAUCAAGAGAACCGUUGAUCCAUGUAAGAAAGCCUUAAAGGAUGCCGGUUUAGCCACUUCUGAUAUCUCUGAAGUUAUCUUAGUUGGUGGUAUGUCAAGAAUGCCAAAGGUUAUUGAAACCGUUAAAUCUAUUUUCGGUAAAGAACCAUCUAAAGCUGUUAACCCAGAUGAAGCUGUUGCUAUGGGUGCUGCCAUUCAAGGUGGUAUCUUAGCCGGUGAAGUUACUGAUGUUGUCUUAUUAGAUGUUACUCCAUUAUCUUUAGGUAUUGAAACUAUGGGUGGUGUUUUUGCUAGAUUAAUCUCAAGAAAUACUACUAUUCCAGCCAAGAAAUCUCAAAUUUUCUCCACUGCUUCUGCUGGUCAAACUUCUGUUGAAAUCAGAGUUUUCCAAGGUGAAAGAGAAUUAACUAGAGAUAACAAAUUAAUUGGUAACUUUACCUUAUCUGGUAUUCCACCAGCUCCAAAGGGUGUUCCACAAAUUAAAGUUACCUUUGAUAUUGAUACCGAUGGUAUUAUCAAGGUUUCUGCCCGUGAUAAGGCUUCUAACAAGGAUGCUUCUAUUACCGUUGCUGGUUCAUCUGGUUUAUCUGACGCUGAAAUUGAAAAGAUGGUCAAUGAUGCUGAAAAAUUCGCUGAAUCUGAUAAAGCUAGAAGAGAAGCUAUUGAAAACGCCAACAGAGCUGAUCAAUUAUGUAAUGAUACUGAAAACUCAUUAAACGAAUUCAAAGAUAAAGUUGAAACCGCCGAUGCUGAUAAAGUCAGAGAACAAAUUGCUUCCUUAAGAGAAAUUGUUCUUAAAGCUCAAGCUGGUGAAGAAGUUGACCCAGCUGAAUUAAAGACCAAGACUGAAGAAUUACAAAACGAAUCCUUAAAAGUUUUUGAAAAAUUAUACAAGAACAACGAAGGAAGUAGUGAAUCUUCAUCUGAAGAACCAAAGAACUAAGUAUGAUUAAAAUCAUUUAAACUUUUUCUUAUUUUUCAUUUUAACUAUGUCUUCAAAAAAGAAGAUGAACAUAUCAAGGACAAAAUUUUAACUUUUGUUCUUCACUAAUAUUGAUUGAAGCUUACUUUUUCAUAUUGUAUUUAUUUGUUGUAUAUAAUGGAGCUUCAUUUUAGUUUAGUCCGUAUACUUAUCUUUAUUUUUUUUACUUGUAUAUAUAAAUUUCUCAUAAUGAAUGUUCCCCUUUUAUUAAUUAUAUCAU